AUGCCUGCUGUGGGACUUGGUACUUACAGAAUAAGAUGUGGAGAUGCUAUAAUGAAAGUUGUUGAUGAAGCCCUUUCAGCCGGGUACCGUAUGUUUGAUACUGCAGCAGUGUACCACAAUGAGGUGCAUUUGAAAACUGCAUUUCAAACACUACUCCCUAAACAUGGUCUAGAGCGGGAGGACAUUUUUAUUACAACGAAGCUCUCUCCUUCUGAUCAUGGUGGAAUUGAAGUGGUUAAAAAAGGUUAUAAACACUCCUUGGAUAAUUUGGGAUUGGACUAUGUAGAUCUCUACCUGAUACAUUUCCCUGGCACGGCCAAAUUAUCAUGCGACGACAAACGCAAUAUAGAGAUCCGGAACACAACUUGGGCCAGCCUUGUUGAACUGUAUGACAAUGGUUUGGUAAAUGCCAUAGGAGUAUCAAACUAUACAGUUAAACACUUGCAACAACUGAUGAAAUGUAAUCAUGGUGUUAUACCUGCUGUUAAUCAGGUGGAAUGGCACCCAUUUUAUUAUCAGAAUGAACUGCUUGAGUUUUGCAAAGAGAAUGAGAUUUUGCUACAAGCCUAUUGUUCACUUGGGGGGACAUCUGCAAACAAUGAUGCAUUGCUAAGACAUCCAGCUGUGACUAAAAUUGCUAACAAGUUAGAAGUAUCUAACGCACAAGUGCUGCUGGCAUGGGCCCUCCAACAGGAUGUGUCUGUUAUUCCAAAGUCAACAGAGCCAAAGCACAUAAGGCAAAAUAUUGCUUUGAAUUUCGUCAUCCCUAAUGAAGAUAUGCGUGUUCUAAAUGAUCUGGGAUCCCACAAAAUUAAAUAUGCUUGGGAUCCUAGUGUUGUUGUAUAG